UCUCUCUCUCUCUCACCCCCCCAGCCUCCUCCCUCGGAUGACCAAGGCUGGAUCUCCGGACUCCAUCCCAGUCAGACGGUGGGAACAUCCGGACCAAGCGGCACCGAACAGAACCACCCGCACCGCACCUCCUCCGCGAUGAGAGCCCGGGGCUUAGAGCAGCAGUAACCAGGCAGCCGUCGCACCGUCCUCGCCUGCAGGAUGACCGGAGCCGCCGGAGGACCGACGGCUUCUUGCCGCUUCGCCCACUAUUUUGUCGUGUGCGGAGUGGACACGGAGACGGGCCUGGAGCCGGACGAUGGAGCGGGUGAGAGUUUCGAACAGAGCCCCAUCCRGCGGUCCUUCAAGUCCAAAGUUCUGGUGCAUUACCCGGAAAACACGGACAGGAACCCGUUUAACAAAGAUGCUGUCAACAUGCUCUGCAUGCCCAGAGGUCUCUCCUUCUGCACCCAGGCGGACAGACUGGACCCUCGGUUUCACUCUUUCACGCUCGCCUCUGACGACGGGACGCGCUCCUACGGCUUUGUUCACACCUUCUACGAGGCGGUGACCAGUCCCCAGAUCAUCACUGCCAUGCAGACGCUCCAUCAGAUGCACCACGUGGAGCACCACUCGUCCUCGUCCUCUUCUUCCUCGUCUUCCUCCGCCUCCUCGCCCUCCUCCUCCAGCAUGGACUCUCUCGCGAGCAGCCUGGAGGAGUCAGACGCCGAGUCUCUGGCAGGGGUCUCCGGCUGCCUCGGCUGCGUGGGCUCCUUCGAUGCGGCGCGCGACACGCUGUACGUGUCCAAGGCCCUCUGCCUCAUCACGCCGCUCCCCUUCCUGCAAGCUUCUCGUCAGUUUCUGGCUCAGCUUCACCAGGCCGUGGCGUCGCAGACAGCCCCACCCCUCCCUCUGGAGAGCUACGUCUACAACAUCCUGUACGAGGUGCCCCUGCCUCCGCCUGGGCGCUCUCUGAGGUUCCACGGGGUGCAGGGGCCCAUCGUGUGCCAGCGGCCCGGACAAGGGGAGCUUCCUCUGGGGGACUACCCUCUUGGCGAGGCUUUCUCCCUGCUGGGCGUGGACAGUAUGGUGAAGUUACUUACCUGUGCACUGCUGGAGACACAAGUCCUGCUCUACUCUAAGGACUACCAGCGUUUGAUGAUGGUGGCGGAGAGCAUCACCACGUUGCUGUUUCCGUUUCAGUGGCAGCACGUCUACCUGCCCAUCAUCUCCACGCCACUGCACCACCUCCUGGACGCCCCCGUGCCUUUCCUGAUGGGGAUCCACCGCAGGGACGGAGCGCAGAGAUCCUCCCUCCACCUUCCACACGAGGCCAAUCUGUGCUUUGUUGAUAUCGACAACCACUGCGUCGAAGCCCCCGAGGACCUCCCCCUGUUCCCGGACCAGACUGAGCUCAUUCAGGAACUGAGCGAGGUUUUGUUGCACUUUGGACUCCCGCCGCAGGCAGGAGCGACCACUCAGCCCGCAGCGAGCGCCACCGUCACCGCCGCCGACUCCCCUCGCCUGAGCAGCCUAGUGCUGGAGGACCUGAUGGAGGACAGGAGGAACGGGAACCUCGGAGGAGAGGAGCUGGYGGYGCUGGAGAGGCUUCAGGCUCUGGCGAAGCGGUGCGGAGGAGGAACGGCGUCCGAGGGAGGGAAGACGCUGGGACACGUGUUCGAGGAGGAGGAAGAGGAGCUGAAGGCUUCCAAGCUGAACAUUCAGCUGAGGGAGGUGUUCGCUGUCCGUUUCGCUGCCAUUUUUGGCAGGUAUGAGGAGUUUAUCGUCAACGGCGCGACGGAUUUAGACUCCUGGUUGAGCAACCGAGAGGGAACCUGCAGCUUUGAUAAGGGCUCCUUCCUCUCCGUUCAGCCAGCAGCCCACUUGCACUUCUUAUCCCGGUUCCUGGARACGUCCAUGUUUUCGUCCUUCGUGGAUGGGAAAAUUCUGUCCCGCUGGCUGGACCGGGAGCCGCUGCAGCAGCUGUUUGACAGCCGUUUGGAUCGAGAGCGACUGUACGACCUGAGCGACGAGGAGUCACGCAACCGUCCUUACAGGAAGUGCACCACGCUCUCCGAGUCAGCUCAGACUAUUGAGCAGCGGCUGCUGAAGACCGACCACACGGCGUUGCACCCUCACCUGCUGGACAUGAGGAUCGGUCAGGGUCGUCACCACCCAGGAUACUUCCCAAAGCUGCAGGCGGAUGUGCUCGCGCAAGCGCACAACACUCACAAGUGGUCCAGUCGCGUCACGGCUUCACGCAGGUCCGAACCCAAGAGGUCAACGGUUGUWGAUCCCUCAGGAGAGGACAAAGAACCCAAACAGAGGCACGCCUUUGCAAGGAGAAUCAUUCGUCAGUCCAAACUACUCGACCCGUCGCCUCAGGCCGUGUCUCAGACUCACAGAGAGUUCGCCGAUGGGCUGUUGAGCGAAUGUCGUCUGAAGACUAAGCGGAUGUUAAUGGAAAGGAUGGGGAAGGAGUGCGUGGAGCUGGGUCAGGGAGAAGCCAGCAUCACAGGCCUGCAGGAGAACACGCUCAUCCACGGUCUGUGUGAUCUCCUGGAGAGAACCUGGGGCCACGGUCUGCAGMUCAAACAGGGUAAGUCGGCACUUUGGUCCCAUCUGCUUCAUUACCAGGCUGCCCAGGAGAAGACGGAGGGACCAGCUGAUGUAUCAGGGUCUAACUGCUUGGACCAGAAGCUGCUUGAUGACGGCACUUUGCUGCAGAGAAGCUCCUUAAURCAAGACAUGAGAUUUAUCCAAACCAUGAGAGACGAUCUGUCUGAGGUGGGUCAGACCAGAGCCUGGAUCCAUUUGGCUCUGGAGAAGAAAAUGCUGUCUCAGCACCUCAAAGAGCUGCUGGCCAACCAGGAGCUGCUCAGACAGCUGUACAGACCUCAUGCGUUCCUGCUCUGCGAGGAAGAACGGGAGCAGUUUUUAUUCCACCUGCUGUCUCUCAACACCGUGGACUACCUCUGYUUUACGCACACCUUCACCUCCGUCAGUAUUCCAUACCGCGUUGUUAUUAUACCCAUGAAGAAGCUGAGCAUCGCCAUGGCCACCGUUAACCCCUGGGUGUGCGUGUCCGGAGAACUGGGCGACUCAGGAGUUAGACAGGUCCCAAAGAACACACAAGAAAUCUUUUUCCAGUGCAAGAACCUGGGCAGGCUGAGCACCCUGCAGCUGGGGGUGCAGGAGAAUUCGGGCCUGUUGGCCAAGUGUCUGGUCGAUUCCGUGAUGGUGUACAACGAGAUCACGGGACACACCUUCAGGUUCCCGUGUGGCCGGUGGCUGGGGAAGGGUGUGGGUGACGGCAGCUUGGAGCGAGUCCUGAUCGGUCAGCUGGUGACACCCGGUGCAGAGGAGGAUUCUGGACGAUGGACAGGAACUCCUCCGGAGCUGACGUCUCCAUCUCAGAGUGUGCGGAACGUGCUGGGCUCUCUUGGCAGCCGAAGCCGGAUGAGCUCUCUUGAAGUUCAGGAGGACCUGAGGGAGGCAGCGAAUAACCUGGUUAAACAUUUCCACAAACCUGAACAGGAGAGGGGGAAUCUGACGGUCUUGCUUUGUGGCGAAGGUGGGCUUGUGCUCGCUGUGGAGAAGUUCCUCCUCCACGGGUUCCGAUCCAACCGUCUUUUCCAGAGGAACGUGUUCGUUUGGGACUUYGUAGAGAAAGCAGUGGUUUCAAUGGAGGCCAGUGAUCAGAUGGGUGACAUGCAUGGAUCGAUGCUGACGACGGGUCCACCGUGGGAUUUACUAUGCCACUACGUGAACGYCAUCAACGCUUCGCCCCGAAACAUCGGAAAAGAGGGAAAGUUCCAGCUGUUUGUCUGUCUCGGAAUCAGGGACAGACUUCUGUCCCAGUGGUUCCCCCUGCUGGCAGAGUGUCCUUUGACCCCUCGGACGUACGAGGACGGAGCUCUGCUGCGGGACCGUGCAGCCAUUCACUCCCUCUGUCGGAUUCUCCAAACCCUCAACGAGUUUAUUGUCACCCUGGAGGCRGCGCUGGUGAAAGGGGUUGACCUCUGACCCCAACGUGGUCCUGCUCUUAAAGACUCUGAUGAGUUUCCAGCUGCGGGUCCUUUCAGACACCUGAGAAAUGUGACUUCAUCAUGAAGAUGAAGCAGACGGAGACGCCGGCUACUGAAGCACCAAACAUAUCUGCCUUGUUCCGCUGAUCUAGAUGUCUUUAUAAAACUGUACUUGCUUCAAGACGUAGUCUGUUUACACUGUGAAACCCUGUCUCCUCCAGGAGAAAUCUCACACCUGCGUUAGAUAUUUUCCCCCUUACAUGAGUUUACCRUGUUUAACUGUCCGACUUACUGCUCGCACUUGAACUUUGAACAUGCAUGGCCAGGAUUUCGUUACUUUGGGUGUUAUAAUCUGAACAGUCAUGACUCAGGCUUUGUUAUUCUGUUAUUUAAUAUCAUAGUGAAUACUGUAUAGUCAAGAGUAAUAGUGCUCUGUUUGUAUAAUUUAAACAUGAAACUGUUGAAGAGCUCUUGUUAUUCAGUGUGACGUCUGCUCUGUUUAUUUCAGUUCGAGGUCGUGUGCUUAUGAAAACUUGAGUUGGUGAAAACACUGAAUCCCAGCUGGUGUCCUCAUUGUGUCAGUCCAAGUGCUGUUAUCAUUUUUGUCAGAAAAUCUUUCCCCUCCCUCGACUCAUAUUGUAAAUAUUUUUGCUUCAUCAGAGACACUCGCUCUACCCAUCCAUUUGAAUCGUUUCCAGUUGUUGAGUUUGCUGUAAACACUUUUUUUCCUGUUUAAAGGCAUUUUGUUAGCUUCUGUGAACAAUAGACUCCAAAAAUGGUCACACUUUCUUAAGUGAAAAAAUAGAAAGGCUGUUUGAAUCCAAACUGUUGAGUCAUUUUUUGCUAAAUGCAUACGAUGAAUAGAGCACAGGUUCAUAAAAAUGUAAAUAUUAUGUUGAUAAGGCGUUUAAUUUACCAGCUGAACAAGUAUUAAAAUGCUGUUUUUACUGCACUAUCCUGCAAGCACUACUGUACGUACCCCACUAUGACUGUCUUUGUUGUUUAAAUACAGAUUAGAAAAAGCAAUAAGGAAUUAUUUAUGAAGUGUGCUGUUGACCAUUAAAGUUACUGAGAUGACUGUGAUGUUUCUCUGUUAUUUUACAGACUGUUUACUCAAAGUUGAGAUAUUAGCAACUUUUUUUUUCUAAAUGUUUCGUUAAUGAAGCUACAACUCCUGGCAAAUACAGAGAAUCAUGGUUUUAUUUUGGCAAAACAAAUAUGUAAGUGUCAUUCAACAGCUUAACGUUGUGUUUGUCAAAUAAAAAAUAACUUAUUUGUG